UCUCCAGCUGGAGCUGGUGUCUCUUUAAGACGCUGCUUCUUCCAGCAUCCUGCCGCAGACACACCACCCUCUCCUCCCAGUCUCUGCAGCGGCUGCCUGCUACACAAACAACCGACGACCAGGCGACCCACACCCCCACAGGACCGGCACCGGACCGGACCACCACUCAGGACUGAAGGAAACAUGGCAGAAACCAGCAAAACGCACGUGAUCCUGCUGUCCUGCGGCAGCUUCAACCCCGUCACCAAAGGACACAUCCAUAUGUUCGAAAAAGCCAGAGAAUAUCUUCACCAAACGGGGCGUUUCAUCGUGAUCGGAGGGAUCAUCUCACCAGUCCACGACUCCUACGGGAAACCUGGUCUGGUGUCCAGCCGACAUCGCCUCGCCAUGUGUCAGCUGGCCGUUCAGUCCUCUGACUGGAUCAGGGUGGACCCCUGGGAGUGUUACCAGGACACCUGGCAGACCACCUGCAGUGUGCUGGAGCACCACCGCGACCUCAUGAAGAGAGUCACCGGCUGCAUCCUGUCAAAUGUCAGCACGCCGUCCACCACGCCUGUGAUUGGUCAGCCACAGAACCAGACCCCACCCAUCUACCAGAACCACAACAACAUGAACCACAAGCCUACAGCCAUCAAACUGUGGGGCAAGAUCAGUGAGAAUUUGGGUAAAAUCUGCUGCGUUCGUCCGAACAUGGAACGCUUCACCUUCGUUGAUGAAAACGCCAACCUGGGGACCGCGAUGAGAUACGAGGAGAUCGAGUUGCGCAUCUUGCUCCUGUGUGGCAGUGAUCUCCUGGAGUCCUUCUGCAUCCCUGGCCUGUGGAAGGACAGUGAUAUGGAGGUGAUUGUGGGGGAUUUCGGGAUCGUCGUGGUUCCUCGUGAUGGAGUCGACACAGAGCGGAUCAUGAAUCAUUCCUCCAUUCUCCGCAAGUACAAGGACAACAUUGUUGUGGUGAAUGAUGCAACAAACCACCCGAUGUCCAUCGUCAGCUCUACGAAGAGCAGACUGGCCCUGCAGCAUGGCGAUGGCCACGUGGUGGACUACCUGAAUCAGCCCGUCAUCGACUACAUUCUGAAGAGUCAGCUGUACAUCAAUGCCUCGGGAUAGAGACGAAGACCCACCUGCAUGAAAACAGGGAGCCUGGAGGAGGGGGGGUCCUGCCUACAUCUGUCAUCUAUAUAAAUAUAACCUCCCUCCUCCCUUAAGCUAAAACUUCCUACUCUGUCUUCUGUGUCAAACAUAUACUCUUCUUUGAGCUGUCGCUUUCCAGCAGGAGCAUUAGUGUCCCUCCUUCUGUCUGUGUCAUGUGACUUUACCUUCAGGGAGGGGGGUGGGGGUUAAUUUGGGAGUUGAGGGGGCGGAGGUUGUUUUUCUGCUUUUUCCUCUUAGUUUGUUAAAGUUUCAGGAUGCAUGACAGACAGCUGGGCAUGCUCAGUGUGCACAGACUCUUCCUUCGUAUCAGGGUAGCAUCCAACUGAAACGUGACAGUUUCUGGACCUCAUGCAAGAACUGAUGAUGAUGAUGAUGAUGACUAACGUACUUCAGCUGAAGGUGAUCAUCACUCAGUCUGGACAAAUAAUCCCAGAUCUUUAUUUUAAAUUGGUGGAAAAUCUGUGGACAUAUUUUUUAUGAGCAAGAUUUUCCACAGUUAGAAGCUGAAAGAGCUUUUAAUCUAAAGCUGACUGGUGGAAAACCCAAAGCUCAACGUGUUUGUGUUAUGUUCAUCGUUGGAUCCAGAUAAAUCUAAGAACAACAAAAACUGUAACAAAUGCUGUGAACCAAGCUGAUGAGGAUGGGUUAUUGAGGCAGAUAAUUAGAUAAAGUCCAACCUCUGCACAAUCGGAGCUCGUAUCAUCGCAGCUGGACACAUGAAGAAGACGUCUUCAUGUAAACAUACUGCAGAUGCGUCAACAUUAGAAGUAGUUUACCUUGUGAUCCAGCAGAGGGCGCUCUAGCAUCAGCCUGACCAAACGCACACGCCGCUAAACCUUCAGUAAAAUACGCUAAUGUUAAGUUGCCAUGAGAAAGCAGUGAAUAAAGGCGUCCUUAGAAGACAAUCAUGCUGUUGAAUAAUCCAUUUUGUGGUGUUUGGAAAUGUUUUGAAUGAUAUCGUAACAAAGAUGAGUGUUUGCUGACUUACGAUGAAUCUGCAGAUUUACCAGCUAGCUUGUCGUCUCGGUUCGGAAGAAUUGGGUGUUUUUAUUUUAAAACUUCAUUUUUGGAGAAAGUUACGCCCCCAGUCUCUAUGAAAUGAAACACAAAUGCAUCCAUCUGUGGACGUAGUUGUCACAGUUCAUGGUUGUGACUAGUGGAUGCUAACAAUGCUAAUGAAUCUGGACAACAUGACGGAAAUCACAACACAUGAAUCUAAAAAUGUGCAAUCUGUAACUGUGUUUGUAUUCUUUUAACAUAGAGAUCGAACCGCGUCCCAAAGGCUUGUGGCUCAGUCUCUCUCUGUCCCCUCUAUUCCUUUGAAAAUGAUACUCAGAGCUUAAAUUAAAGCAACUGGACUUGCUUUUCUUGAUUUAUGAAGAUGUUUCACGUCUCACCUGAAAGGCUUUUUAGCUCUGCCUUGGUGGAAUAACAACAAAGUCACCUGGAAGCAACUCGGAUGAGCCAAGAAAAAGAAGUGUAGUUGUCUUUGUUUAAGCCCUGAAGAUUGACGUGACCUGGAUGACUGGAUGAUGAAUCUAAACCAGCUCUGGACCAGGCGUGGAGAUGUAAGACCUCAGUGUGCUGAUGAGUUGGACUGAAACUGUCUGUGUAGGUAUAGAAUCAGGAAGACGAGCUAUCUGAACAGUUUCCAGCGUUGGUGUGAAACUGUGGAGUUUUGCAGCUACAUCGUAGCUACGUCAUGUUUCGUCGUGAUCUGGUCGUCCUCAUCUGACAACGCUCCUUCACAGUGAUUCAGUCAUCUUCAUUUAAAACCAGUCUCGCCCAAGAAUCAACUCUAGAAACAGUCUGAGGACCAUAUAUCGAGAAAACCCAAAUUUUAUGACUCGUGGCUUUACUUGAAUCAAAACGUUUAACUUUUGACACCAAAUUUUGAGCACGACACAAAUCCAAUCUCUUCCUGCACCAGGUCACUUCCAGCAUGUCCUUUUUAAAUCCUGACUUGUGUUUAAAGACAUGAAACUUGCUGAAGGAUUCGGACUCGGACUUGGACUCGGACUCGGCUGUGCUGGAAACGUAACUUUGUUUCAGUGAAAACUCCUCGGCAUCAUUUUGGAUCAGAAUGGUGUUCUUGUGUGAGGUCCAGUGUUUUCUGCAGGUGCAAUGAAGAUGGUGGUAACCAUAGCAACAGUAUUAACGUCCACCAUAGGGGAGGGUUUAAAGUUGGAGGUCAUGUGACCGGAUGAUGAAGGUGGAGACGGAUUGUUGGUGUCGUCGUGGAGUCUGAGGUUGUUUUUCUUUCGUCUUGGUUCGCUCCUGUUCGUAGACUGCAUGCUUAGUUCUGACACUUUGGUUUUGGCAUGGGUGUUUAUUACUUGUUAGAUUAUUAUGGUCUGUUGUGAAUGUAUUUGCAAAAAAUAAAUAAAAAUAAAAGGAAGGGCACAAAAAGGAAAAUAAAUGAUUCGGAUAAAAAACAAAACAGCUUCAGUGGGGAUCAUCGUCUCCCACGUCUUUCCAUUUUCUAUUCACUCUGUAAAUGUACUGAUCUCAUCUGUGGGGAACGUUUGCAAUGAUUUCUACGUCUGCUCUAGUGUGUGUGUGUGUGUGUGUGUGUGUGAGUGAGUGUGUGUGGGAAGUUAGAUUCCCGUUAGUCACUUUCUGUUGUAACACGUAGCUGAAAAUGAAUGUUUUCUGUAUUAAUUUGCCUUUUUUCUCUUUCUGAUUGUAAACUUUUAAAAGUGACUUUUUAUUGUGUGUGUGAGGAUUUAAGUGUGUUUAGAGACGAAGUGUUGGAGAGGUGAGCUGCAGCUGAUCUCAGAACAGACAGACGUAAAGAGAGAAUGAGCCUGAAUGCAGCCAUCUUUUGUUUCAACAGAUUCUCGGUUUAUUUCAGACUGUGGUUACAUUUACACCCCCUGCUGGCAGAAUAAAGUAUUUCUUCUAAGAAA